UUUCGUUUCCCAUAACCCUGAUUUCGUUUCAGUUCCAUACUCUUGCGCCAGAAAUAAGGUCCGUUUCCCGGACUCCUCUCUCUCUCUCCCCUCUUCAUGGUUCGUGGAUCAUUUUGGUCCGCUCAACUAUCUACGUAAGUCAUGGCGCCGCCUCCUCCAGCACCUUCAAAGCCUCCCUCGCUCUGAGCCAACAACGCAACCAAUCAAAACCCAGAACCACGGAUUCCUUUGCCUUGCAUACAUUUAUGCAUGUAUGUAUGUGCUCGCAAAUGAAUCUGAGGAGGCUUUCGGUAACCAAACCCUAUCCAAUAUUCUCGCGAAUCAACCGUCCUCUAACUUGCGUCACUUCCACUGCCCCACGGCUACACAACCAAUCGGAGCAGUUAGAGAAGCAACCGGAGCCGAUUGAUCAGAGCCUUCUCGCCUGGGUAACCUCGCUCCUAUCUAAGCAAUCUCUAGACUCUUCUAAAUGUACAGACAUUCUAACUCGUUUGUCUCCAUACCAAUUCGAUACGCUUUUCUUCCACAUUCGCUUCUCUGCGAACCCAAAAACUGUGUUGCAUUUCUUCCAUUUUGCGUCUGAAUCUUGUGGGUAUAGGUUCAAUUUGAGGUCCUAUUGUCUUUUGAUUCGUUUGCUUAUUUUUUCGAAUUUGGUUGCACCCGCUCGGUUGCUUUUGAUUCGGUUAAUUGAUCGCAAGCUGCCCGUUUCCUUUAACGACAUUAAGAAUAGGCAUCUCGAGUUAGCCACUGCAUUGGCUGAUUUGAAUUCUGUUUCUGAGUCGGCUCUUGGUGUUCAGACAUUUGAUCUGUUGAUUCAUGUUUACUCUACUCAGUUUCGAGAUAUUGGUUUUAGUACCGCAUUGCAUGUGUUCCGGUUGUUGGCAAGUAGGGGUCUGUAUCCCUCUUUGAAGACUUGUAACUUUGUGUUGAGUGCUCUUGUAAAGGCUAAUGAGCUUGAGAAGAGCUACGAGGUGUUUGAAAUUAUUUGCCGAGGUGUUCUACCAGAUGUUUAUUUGUUUAGUACUGCAAUUAAUGCGUUCUGUAAAGGAUUAAAGAUUAAAGAUGCAAUGGCGUUGUUUCUCAAAAUGGAGAAGAUGGGUAUUGCUCCAAACGUUGUUACAUAUAAUAACAUUAUUCAUGGGCUUUGUAAGAUUGGAGAACUAGACAAGGCUUUUGAGUUAAAAGAGAAUAUGAUAAAGAAAAAUGUGAAGCCAAGCAUGAUAACGUACAGUGUCCUUAUUAAUGGAUUGAUGAAAUUGGGAAAAUAUGAUGAGGCCAAUUUUUUUUUGAAUGAAAUGUUGGGGGAAGGUUUUGUCCCAAAUGAGGUUGUUUAUAACACACUGAUUGAUGGGUACUGCAAAAUGGGAAAUAUCAAAAAUGCACUGAACGUGAGGGAUGCUAUGGUGUCCAAGGGCUUCGAUCCCAAUUCAGUUACUUUCAACUCACUUAUCCAAGGUUUCUGUAAGGUUAAUCAGAUGGAGGAAGCGGAGAAGAUUUUGGAGGAGAUGCUAUCAGGGGGCUUAUCCAUAAAUCCUGGUUCCUUUACGUCAGUUAUUCACUGGCUCUGUAUGAAAUCUAGGUUUGACUCUGCGUUGAGAUUAAUUUGGGAAAUGCUAUUGAGACAGUUGAGGCCGAGUGAGAGGUUGAUGACCAAAUUAGUUGGUGGGCUUUGUAAGGAGGGAAAGCAUUCAGAGGCUGUUAAUCUCUGGUUUAGGCUACUGGAGAAUCAGUUUGCUCCUAAUACAAUCACCUCGAAUGCUCUUAUUCAUGGCCUUUGUGAAGCAGGCAACAUGCCCGAGGCUGCAAGGCUUCUCAAAGUGAUGCUAGAGCAAGGUCUGCUAUUGGAUAGGACUACAUACAACUCGCUUAUUUUGGGUUUUUGCAAAGAUGGUAAGGUUGAAAGAGGUUUUAAGCUAAGGGAAGAGAUGUUAAAGCAAGGAAUUCAACCAGACAUUGUCACUUACAACUUCUUGAUGAAUGGGCUAUGUAAUGUGGGAAAGAUGGAUGAAGCUGUAGACCUUUGGAAUGAGUGCAAAAGGAAUAAUCUGGUUCCAAAUGUUCGUACAUAUGGAGUCUUGAUAGAUGGAUUUUGUAAGGCUAAGAGAAUUGAAGAGGCAAAAAAUCUCUUUGACGAGUUGCUCGGGCAGAAUAUUGAACUAAAUUCCGUUGUUUAUAAUACACUUAUUAGUGCUUACUGUAAAAAUGGUAAUAUGGUGGAAGCCUUUAGGCUCCGGGAUGACAUGAAAAGUAGGGGCAUUCCAUUGACUCCUGCCACAUAUUCUUCUUUGAUACAUGGAUUCUGCAAUAUUUGCCAAAUUGAGAAGGCAAGAUACCUUAUCCAGGAAAUGCAAAAGGAGGGAUUGUUUCCAGAUGUCAUUUGCUAUACUGCUCUUAUUGGUGGUUGUUGUAAACUUGGUCAGAUGGAUGAAGUGAAAAUCUUUUUGCAGGAGAUGUCAUCAUAUGACAUAAACCCUAAUAAAAUUACUUACACCGUAAUGAUUGAUGGGUAUUGUAAAUCUGGUGAUAUGAAAGAAGCUGCAAGGCUUCUCACAGAGAUGACAGAAAAGGGCAUUGUCCCAGAUGCUAUCACUUUUAACACAUUGAUCAAUGGGUAUUGCAAAGAAGGUAAGGUAGAGGAAGGCUUUAAAUUAUGCAGUCAAAUGGCUCAGCAAGGAGUAGCUUUAGAUGAAAUCACAUACACCACACUGAUUGAUGGGUGUCAGAAGCUGUCUACUGCUACAAAUCGAGAACAAUCAGGGAACUUUUAAAGGAAAGUUGGUUGUUGAUGUUGAACAUGAUUGGCAUGGCUUAUCUUUAAAUACCAACUUGUGGUUGUGUGAGUUCUCCGUAGGGGCACAGGGGUGAUGUGUUCACCAACAUAGAGUUGCAAAAGGAGAAUUGCCGUUUUUGGAUUGGUAUGUAUCAUGCUGGAACCAAAGGAGAGCAGGUCAAGGCUUUGAUGGAUGAAGGAUGGAUCUUACUCACAGGAAUGGUGGAGAUUUGUUAGAGUUGUUGUCUUGAGUAAGGUUGAUGCUGGCUUUGGCAGUGAGUGUGCAUUGUUAUUUUAGAGGGUAUAGAUAGGCGGUGGCCAACUUGUAAUUAGAAAUAAGUUAGGGGGUAAACCGGUAAUAUCCAUACUGGUUAUGUAUUUGCCUAGGAGCUAAUGUCCUUAUUUUCUAUAAAUAGGGCAGAGGGCUUGGCGUUUAAUAAUGCAUGAUAUUCAUGAGAAAGCUAAAGAGGAAAGGUUGUGUAAUUAGAGAUAGCUCUUUGUAAUCUUGGAAGCUUGUAAUUGUGGGCGCUAGAGGCUUUACCGAUCACAUUCUAUUCAAUCAAAGAAGCCUGCUCUCGGAGGGUUCUAAGGCUGGAUGUAGGGUUGUCCUAAGGGGCAAUCUGAACCAGGAUAAUAUCUGUGUUCUUCUUGUGGUUUGAUUUAUGUUUCUGUCAAUCUUUUAAUUCUGUUUUACUUCAUAUACAAUUGUUCUUUAAUUUCGAUCAAUCUGUGAGUGUGUGCGCAAUAGAGAGGUUAUAAUUCCAUCUAAAGAAAACCGAUUCCAGUGCGCCCAAGAUAACAAGAAAAAAAAAUGCAAGCAGCAAGCUAGCUUACUGCAGUGUAGGCUGCAAAUGUAAAGCUUGCUGUUCACUGCAACGCAAGUACAUAUCAGGGCUAUUGGGGCAGGGCAGGCCAGUGGGAUAAUUAAACACCAUCCCUGCCCCAUCCCUGAUUAAAUUUAAUCAUGGAAUCCCCAAUCCCCACCCUAUACCCGGUCAAUGGAUGUUAACCCCACCCGAAUUGAGUUGGGACUGCCCCAGCGGGGCCAGGUUAUAUGACAUCUAUAAUCAUAGUCCCAUGGUGUUGAACUUGAAUGGAAAAAAAGGUCCAUCAAGUAGACCUUUUAAAUUUGAAGCCAUAUGGCUUAGGGACCCCAGCUGCAGGUGGGUGUUUGCUAUAGCCUGGACAAACAUCUUUCAGGGUUCAUAUGCUAUAAGUUUUUCCAAUGAUUAAAGGUUGGGAAGAAGGGAUCUAAAACAUGGGAACAAAGAGACUUUAGUUUCUGGGGGCAAAGGAUUUUGAGUUGAAGAAAUGGACCAGCUAAUGGCAGAGAAGGCUAAAGUUCCAAGGAUGAAAUCCAUCUGCAACACAUGAGUAUAACUAAAAUGAGAAUGUUAUGAUGGAUGUGCAACUGUACAAGAAUAGACAAAAUAAGAAAAAAGAUCAUAAGAAAUAAGGUUCAAGUGGAGCCUAUUGAAGAUAAGAUGUAGGAGUCACAAUUAAGAUGAUUUGGACACGUGAUAAGAAAAUUGAUAGAUGCACUUGUAGGGCAAGUGGACGAAAUGAUGGAAGUUUGUAGCGAAAGAGGGAGAGGAAGACUAAAGAAAAAUUGGUGAGAAAUCCUUAAAACAUGGCAUGGGAUAUAAUUGUCUUAAGGCCUGUGACUUUUAUUGUUGGGUUGCUUUUGAGUGCAUUGGUAAAGAACAUAUAAUCAAAGUUAACCACGAUCAUCCAUGCUUAGAUGUGUGUAAUGAUGCAGGACCUUUUCGAUGUGAUUAUUGUUCCGUAUCACCUUUGCUGCUGAGUAAAUUGGGAAAUAUGAGUUGAGCAGCAGAUCUAAUUCAUGACCAUAUUGGGCAUUAGAGUCUGGAAUCAUAAAAGCAAAGCACAUUUUUUAUUGUCAUGGGGGAACUUGUCCAAGACACUCCAAUUUUAGGAAACCAAAAAGAAAAAUGUCCUCUCAAAAAUCAUUUGUCACGUGACAAUGAAAAUCAAAUGUAAACAACAAAUGUUUUUAAAGUUUUCAUUUUUGUGGUUCUUUUAUAGUUUUUACUGUUUUAGAUUAUAAAUAUAAUAAAAAUAAAGAAAAUGAAAAUGUGAAAACCAUAACAGACUUGCUCUUAUUGAUUACAACAAUUCAAUGCCAAGUCCUUAAUCCUACUAGGUAGGGUUGGCUACGUUGAUUCUUGCUUGCUAAUCACCUUUUUUCUAAAAUAUUCUUUCAUUCUAUCCAUUCUUGUUGCAGGAGCAUCUAUUAGUUUUCUGCCACAUCCUUUAAAGUCUUGUCAAUAAUAAUCCCCACUCCUUCCCUGAGUACCCAAGAUUAUAUUUUUAUUCUGGCAAUAUUUUAGCCUUCCCUCCAACUCAUUUCAAAUAUUCUUCUUGUUGAUAGUUCAACUGCUAUAUAAUAACUCUUUUUAUAUGUCAACUGAAAAUUCUGCAUGAACUUUCCAUGGUUGUGUUGUCAUGGGUAUAACUAUCAUCACAGUGAAUGCACAAUGCGGGUUUCAUAUCUUCAUACAAAAUGAGGAAACAGGACCUUCUGAGAUUUCUGAUACAUUUCUCAGUAGCUACGUAAAAUUCACAAAACCUAAUUAACAAAGUUGGGUUAUAGGGAUUGGGUUAGUAUUCUACUUUGUCACACCUUUAAUUUUGGGCUGAUUCAGCAAAAAGGCAGCGAAAAGGCAAAGAUAGCUAGAAAUCAUCUAAUGUUAGCUAGACUAUAUUUGGGUUGAUUUUCCAGUGUUGCCACAUACCCCAGUCUUCACCUAGUGAGACGUAGCUUGUUUUCUGCAGUUGGUUCUAUGCUUUUCUUUUCUGCCAAGUUUGCUUAUGUAGAACUCAAUUGUCCAUACAAUGCGAGAAUCCAACCACACAUGUUCAAUGACAUAGAAGUAUGAUUUUAUAUCUAGUAACAUGGAGAACAUGAUUAUAGAUUUGGUGCCACAUUUUAGUCCCCCUCGUGUAUAAAAGAUGUUUUACGCUAUUAGCAUAUCAAAGUUAAUCUUGUCUUAUUUUACACUGAAAAGGCAUGUUGUUUGGUCUCUAAUAUACACCUACACCCACACCCACACAUACAAGAUAAUUCUAUCUUCUUCCUGUGGCUAGAAGAACCUAUGCUCAGAACCAACAUCUUACGGUAAAACAAAUAUUUUAUUUAUAAUGAUAACAUCAUGGGGUGGUCCCUAUCUUACUGAAGUAAUUUCAUCACAGUGCCUUACACUUAUAUUACUAUACCCUUCAUAUUCUGUAACAGUUGUUGAAUAGGGUUAUAUCUGAAGAAGAUUCGCAGUCAUCGGCUGGAAAAUGCGAUCAUUAUCCGACUCCAGUGCUGCAGCUAAUUCUGGCCAUAAGAUUGCUGAUACAGUCCAAGAGCCAUCGCCUCUUGCACUUUGCCGUUGGUUUACAUAACCAACUCCAAUCCUUUCUAUGGUGGAGCAGACAGUCCCAAGCACUGGGCUUCCAAAAGAGAAGUCUAGUUCAGUUACUGGAAACUUCCGUCCUGACGAAACUACAAGAGCAGGUCCAGCACGACCUAGCACGAGCUUUGAUAGCAUUAAUCCUGGCCUAUGGCACUCAAUCCAAUCAAUUAAGUCCAAGAAAUGAGCUUCAUUAGUUACCUUUGAAAUUGCCUCAUGAACUAUCUUGGCGAUAUCUGAUAAAGAUCCAUGCUUCAGUUCGACCAUGCUUGCUUCUCCAAAAGCCAGGGACAGAACAUUUCCAAUGUAAUUUGACAUGGAGUUCUUGUUUUUGCUCAUCCUGGCUCUUCCAUCUACUAACCAUCCCAUCUUACAGUGCUUUUGAUUUUCAUUAAUGGCUCGAACCAUAACCUUCCAGAUAUAAGCAGAGAAAGCCUCAAUUUUAGUUCUUCUGCUACCAUCAACACAUGCGAGUUUUUGCAGCCGAUUGAUGCUUGUAACAUCGAUAUGAUAGAGGCGCUUGAGCACGAUAUUUGCUGUUGGUAUAUUUAUUAUGUCUUCAAUGGUGCAAGAGGCGAAAGCUUGGUCUACCCAGGGGUCAUAAGUAGGAGGAAACCGGGCACGUAGACACCUGCCAUGAUCAGGUUCACAAGAAAUGUUCUUUCCCCUGGCUAUUUCAGACCAGGUAACUAGAAACUUACCGAAGGCACUAGCAUCACCUAGCGCAUGGUCAAAUGUGAAGGUUAUAGAUAUUCCUCCACAAGUGUAACAUGUUAUUUGGAUUUGCGACGGAAAUUCCUGCUCAAUAGAGACUAGUUUCCCUUGAAGAGAUUGGUUAAGAUCAUAGAAGUCCAGUUUGUUGAGAGGGAUGUUUGCACAGGCUUCUACGACAAGAGCACCGUUGUUGUCACAUAUGAUUUCUGGCUCACCGGUGCUUGGGUUUUGGACUAUUCGACCAGCAAAUGGGUAGAAAUGAUUGAGUGUUUUCGCUAGGGAGAAUUUAAGGGCCUCAGUGGUGGUUGUGAAGUUAUCAACAAGGGAUUUGCGGUAGAAAUAGAAGUAUGUUACUGGAAAGCGGCCUGAAAGGAGGUCAAGGUUUGAGAGGGUAAGAAUAUGAGAUUCUGGCAAAGGUCCAACAGCUUUUACGAUAGUUUUUUUGGUGAAGCUCACUUCAUAGCUGCCAUGGAUUGCAUCCUCAACUGCCAUUGUGAAAGCUAGCUAAGGUACUCUCUCUCUCUCUCUGAUGUUCCAAGUUAUGAACAAGCGUUACUUAUAUAUAAGGGGUGAACAUAUGAAGAAAGAAAUGCUGGAAGAAAAAAAAGGUCAUUAUACACCUGAAAGGAAAGAGAGUUUUGAAAGCAAUGUUUGUAGACAGUAGAUUCGUAGUGAUGUCUCACAAAUUGUUUGAGCAUCUAUCAAGUUUGAGAAACUGUACCUAAUUGAAUGAUUUGAUAAGUUGCCAAUCUAUUUCCAGUGUUUCUGUGCUAGAA